AUGGCGAUUGACGACGCAGAGAUUCUAAACCACUACGGACUGGACAAUUUCGAGAGCCCGGCAUUUGGCGACAGCGUGGUGCCCCAUGGUGAUGGCACAGGGCGGGCACAGGGCGGUGAUGGGCAGGAUGAGCUCGGAAUGGAAGAACUCAAUGAAGGCAGUCAUUCGCAUCACUCUCGGUUGCAGGCAGGCGAUGCUAGCACUGAGGACUACGAUGACGACGAUGACGAUGACGACGAUGACGAGGGAGCGGGCAUGCUUGGCGACGGCGGCUCAGUGGCAGCGACAUCGCAUUCGGUGGCAAUCAGUGAUAGAGACCCGCUACAUGUACACGCGUCGGUAACGCAGGUGCUAGAGCGCAAGAGCGACGCACGGGCGCUGGGGGACCUGCAGUACCGGGCCAAGUUCAGCGUGUCGCACAAGGGGUUUUCGCCAGGGGCUUUCAUGCAGGUGGUGCACAGCGACACAUCGUAUGCGGAUCUGGUGCAGGGGGCGCGGCUGCUGCGCGAGUCGAUGUCGCAAGGCUCGGAGGCGCUGAAGAUCCUGGUGCAUAAUAACUUUGACCGGUUCGUGGAUGCGCGCAACAAGAUCGACUUGCUGUACGAGGAGAUGAAGUCGCGGUCGCUCAACUCGGCGCAGGAGUACGGGACGCGGGCAUUCGGGCAGGCGCUGCAGGACACAACGCAGAAGGCAGACGAGAUCUACAAUCCGAUCAUUGACCGGCGGGCGCGCGCUGAGAAGAUCCGGGCGACGCUGAGCGUGGUGGAGCGGUACAAGUUCUACUUCAACCUGCCGUUCAGCCUGAUCGAGUACACGCGCAAGGGCAAGUUUGACAUUGCGGUGCGUGAGUACAAGAAGGGGCGGCAGCUGCUGCAGGCGGUGACCAGCGGCGACAUUGGGUCUUCGGCGGCCGAGGGAGCAAUCGCGGAGGGGGGCGAGUCGGGGGCGACGGGGCUGAGCCGGAUUUUCCAGCAUGUGUGGAAGGAGGUGCAGGAGAGCGUGGUGGAGCUGCGCAACGCGCUGUUCCGGCACCUGAGCCAGGCGUGGCGGGCGUACGGCGAGCAGGAGACAGUGAUCCGGCAUCUGCUGGAGAUUGAUCCGGGCGACACAGACCCAGUCGCUUUCUUCCUCGAGCACCAGCACAAGUGGAUAGUGGGGCAGAUGCACGAUGUGGUGCAGUCGUUCCGGCAGCGCGGGGGGCAGGACUGGCGGCAGUCCAGCGUGGAGGUGGAGACGGCAGUCGAGCAGCGCGCAGACGAGCUGACGCGGGCACUGCGGAUCGAGUCGUUUGCAGAUUUCCCGGUGCUUGGCCAUGGGCGCGAUGUCGAGUUCCACGCGUGGAAGCACAUGUACAAUACGCUGCGCACGCUGUCGCAGACGCUGGAGCUGCGGGGGCCGAACCGGCGGCGGCGGCAGGGGCAGAACCUGGACCGAGUCACGAAAUGCCAUGCGCUGCUGGAGGACUUGAUCAACAAGUACAGCCAGCACGUGCUGCGGCUGACGGGGGUGCUGGGAGACAGCGAUGAGGCAGUGGACGUGGCCAGCCUGCGGCCCGGGAGCAUCGGCAGCACCGUGCAGCGGCUGCCACAGACGCACGCACUGCUGGCGGGGCAUUUCAUGACGGCGAUCAUGGAGCUUGUGGUGAACACGGCCAACGACAUCGAGGCGAUUGAUAUGGCGGCCGAGGCAGCAAUCAUCCUGGCGAAUCUGAUCAGCCAGCUCAAGGCGGGGCUGGAGCUGUUCCUGUGCGAGCUGUGGGACCGCGACGCACAGGCCAUGGGGCAGCACGAGACGUGGCAGCUGCACCAUGGCACAGCAUACUGGCCGACAUUCUACAUUGCGCGGCGGGAGCGGACCGAGCGCGGCGCCAGUGCGGCCGAGCUGGCGGAGACGAUUGCAAACACAGAGCUGCUGCCGCUGUUCCUGCGGACCGCACAGACGAUCAUCCGGCAGCUGGGGACGCUGCAUGUGGCAGCACUGCAGCCGCGCAAGGGCGGGCGGGCGCCGCAGCAGCAGUUUGACGCGGGAUUCGACGAGGGCCAGCGCGCGCAGGGCGAGCGGGCACGUGAGAUGAACGACCUGGCGGUGGCCCACGUCAAGCACACGUUCUUUGGCACGCUGUAUGGGUUCCUGGACACGCUGCACAUGCUGGCGUUCAAGACACAGCCGGUGGCAGAGGCAGGCAUGCUGGCGUCGCUGCCAUAUAGCGUCAGCAGCGCAUUGUCACCGCAGGGGGUGGCGGGGGAGGGGCGGCGGCAGUCGUUCCGGCUGGCAGCCAAGCAGAGCACCGAGCCCAGCAAGGCACGGCACAGCACCCGCAGUUUCUUCCUGCUGGCGUCGCUGUGCAAUCUGACGGCGUUCCGGGCAUAUGUGAUCCCGGAUCUGCUGCAUGCGCAUGCGAUCAGACAUGUGUUCAAGCUGGAGGUGGGCGGGUCGCUGCAGCAGCUGGGCAAGCCGUUCCAGCGGCUGGACGAGCUGGUGUUUGGGUUCUACGUGGGCGGGCGGUCGGCGCAGCUGGCGCAGAUUGUGCGGCGCGGGGUGCUGCUGGGCGGGGCGCUGCUGUUCCUGGUGUUCACGCAUGCUGAGGUCAUGGAUAUGAUCGGCGAGGUGGGCCUGGGGGCCGAGCACCACACGGUCAAGCACCAGCCGAUCGCGCGCCGCGUGCUGGAGAAGCUGGCGGCGGAUCUGCUGCAGGAGAUGCUGGAGAGCGUGCGGCGGGUCGACGUGUUCAGCGAGGGCGGCAUGCUGCAGAGCGUGCUGGAGGCGGUGUUUUCGUUCCGCCUGCUGCACGCGUACGUCCGGGCCGUGUAUAGCCGUGCCCAGGCCAAGGCCCGCAAGCAGGCAGCCCAGCAGGGACUGCCGGUGCCUGAGACCGGCGACGACCGGCUGGUGGAGCGCGACGGCGUGACGCUGUCGCCUGAGCACUGGGAAACGGUCGACCACAUUCUGCGCGACUGCACGCGCCGCACCCAGAUCCAGUUCCGGUGCUUCCACGACCGGCAUGACGGGUGCUUCGUGGAGACAGCCAAAAAGGCAAUCAAGCGCGGGUGCACAGAGCUCGGGAUCAAAAAAUACGCGUCACUCUCGUCAAUGCACGAGGCGCAUGGCAGCAAACUGGCAAAGCAGCAGCAAAAAGCAGAGCAACGGCCGGCGGCUGGCGAUCUGUCGUCCGAGGCCACACCGCGUAUAUUCGAGGCGCUGGACAAGGACGAGGCAGAGGGCGCGGAAAGGGAGAGGAGCGGGCCGGAGCUGGCAGAGACAUACACGCCAUUGCUGGCAUGGCUUCUGGAGAUCGAGGCAAAGCAUGCAUCGGGGCUUUCGUCGGGGCUGAUGCGGCACCCGGAGCUGUCGGCGCGCAUGCGGCCGAUUCUGGUCGACUGGCUGAUGGAAGUGGCAGCCGACUAUCGCAUGCAUAGGCAGACGCUGCAUCUGACGGUGCAGUAUCUGGACCGGUUCCUCAAAAACACCGAUUUGCACGUCCGGCCCAGCCAGCUGCCAGCCGAGGAGCAGCGGGUGCCGACAUUAUCGGAGCUGACGGAUUUCUCCAAAGACGCGUUUACGCGCGACCAGCUGAAGGCGGCCGAGAUUUCGGUCCUGACUGCGCUCAGCUGGCACCUGGCCGUCCCCACAUUGCACGAGUUCCUGGCCAUGUUUUUCCAGCGCGCCGCACUAUUAGAUUCAAAGGAGACCCAGGCUGGCGUGCUGCGGUGGAAGAACGAGUGCCCGGCCAGUAUUCCGUGCGGAUUCAGCAGGGAUAGUUCAGGGCGUCGGAGCUCGCCGCCGCGUGCUUUUACGUUCGGUGGCGUGGUCGACGCCCAGGUGUUCGGGGAGUGCACGGGCAUGAAGUUUGCAAAGGUCUGGCCCGCGGUCCGCUUCAUCAAGCGCUUAAAGGCUGCGGUCUCCCCUAAUGGCAUGCUGGCGCUGAACGACCGCAUGCCGUGCUGCGCACCAAAGUCCCGCCACGGCGUGCGUCUGAAGCACAUCAAGCAGGACGAGUUGUGGGCAUUCCAGCCGCACCACGUGCAUUUGCUCGACGAAUUCGAGGCCUUUUUUGCCCUGCGCACCCUGUAACAAUGUUGAUAAAUGAGGCUUUUUUUU